GCUGCAGGCGCGGCGGCCGUUGAGCGCGUGACGGGUCGUUGGCGGGCGGGCUCUGCUGUGAGGGCUGGCGCUGCGGCCCUGGCAGCGGAAUUUAUAGCUUUUACACUAGAAUGUAGUAGGUAAUAACGAGAAAGUGUCCUCUUGUACACUACAAAGUACUUCGAAGUGGGCUUAUUUUUGUGAAGGUGAGGGCCCCGACAGCCUGCAGGAGGAGUUGUGUGGAUCGCUUCUGAGAAGGACUGGUUUGUGCCAUGGAGUUGCAGAAGGACGACGAUGUUAAAAGCAAACAGCAGUGCUUCAUGCACACCGCCCUGCUCUUUCCUUAUCCCAAGAAAGCCCAGCCAAGCAUCAGCAGCCUUGCAGCAGGACAAUUAACGCGGUCAGAGGAAAGCUUGCCUUACUUGAAUACAUCUUUAGAUGCAGAUAUUGAUAUGUAUAAUAUGAGAAUGAGAACUUGCAGUGCAGAGGUAGACGAAAACAAGAAAGAAGCUGAUAUGCUGAGGAGGGCAUGUGAUGGUGAUACCCAUUCUGCCUGUGGGGUGUGUGAUGGUUGGAGUCACAUCUAUGUAGGUGAAGAUUCACAGCUGGAAUACAUCAGUGCGAAUGAAGAAGGCUUUGAUGAUGGGAAUUGCUCAAGCGAGCUUUCUGAGCAAAGGGAAGCUAUGGGAAUCAAAACCCUAAAGCAAGUAGAUCCAGUUCACGACAUUCCAGGUGGCAGAGCUGCAAAGGAACAAAAUUUUGCUGACAUGAAAGAUUGCUCUGAGUGUUGUGCAGGUGUGGAAGCAGCUAUGCCAGAGCUUCCCCAGCUGUUUCAGGAUGCUCUGCUGGUUGGCAGCAGCAUAGCUUGUGAUCGUAAGGAGGAGCAGGCCGCAUCUCUCUGUGGUUUUGCUGGAAAUGUACUUGACAGUCAUGCAUACAGGAGUAGAGAAAGGGAUUAUCCAAAUCUGCUUGCAUGUGACCAUUCGGAGGUGAAAGUUGCUUCAUUAUCUGAUGGCACACACUCAGUGCAAGUAGCUACAAGCAAAGUGCCCAAACAGAACGAGGGAUGUGUUCACAGCAACUUAGUGGAGCAAGGAAGUCCUUUACUGUCACCAACGGAAAGGGCCCUAGCAACAGGCACGCAGUUCUGCAAGAGUGCAGGGGACUCUGAUUUUUACAGUUGUGAGGAACCGCUCCUGUGCAUGUGCGGUGCCAGCUGCACUUACUGUUCUGCAAAGGCAGGUGAGAACCAGCGUCCAUUCCCUGCAGUUUUCUCUGGCAAGGAUCUCUGUUCUGGGGAGGAAGCUGCAGGGAAAUCUUCCAGUGCAAAUACCACUGCCUCUCUCAGCUUGGAGUGUUGUGAAAGCUUAGUAAAUGCGACUGGUAAUUCUAAAGUUAACCAAGCUGUUGAUGCAAGUUCUGAUUUUAGAGUUUGCUUUACAACCAGCAGAAGUACCAGUGCUCGAGUUCUUCUCUCAUCCAGGGCAACUAAUACAGAGAUAUCAACGAUGAAUGAAUUCAGACGUGUGUGUUGGUGUGGGGAAACUUGUGCCAGUGUUGCUUGCAGUGCAAACUGGCUGUCUGGAGCUGGUGUUGCACAGGAAAUGGGGUCACGGAUUGCUGACGUGCACCAAGAUGACAGUGCUGCAGCAGCUGAAAGAAGUUCACAAGUUAAGGAACAGCAGGAAUCCAAAACUGAGUCGUGUAGCAGCGAUUUAAAGAUUAACGCUGACAGGCCAGCACACCUUGACAAAGAAACUGUGAAGAAUUCUGUGUCAACCUACUGUCAAAAUCUCCUGCAGAGAGCUAUUGAAGCAGAAUUGCAGGUUCUAAAUGCUCAUUAUCAGAUGUGCUAUCAACACUGCUUGAAGAUUUACAAACUGGCUUUGGAGGAACGCGCGUGUUUUAGCAGAUACCAUGCAAACAUCUUUGCUGAUGCUGAAGUGGGUUCAUCUGUCUUGUUGGUUUUGGAAGAGCUGAAUAAGAAUUACAGCAGUAUGAGAGCAAAAAUAAAAAUGGGCAUGCCUCUGAAUGCACUUCCACCACUAGCAGUGGAGAUAAAGUUACUGCCAAUUGCUUCUUCUUAUGUCCCAAGCAAGUUAUUCAGAGAGGAACUUUACUAUGGUUCUGUUUCAGAAAUGAGAAAAGCAGGUUUUGAAGCUUCAAAUUUGCAAGAAAUCAGAACUCCCAUCAACACGGAGAAUGCACAGACCACGUGUUUAACUGGCGGCGAGCAGCCCAGUGACUUCGCUUCCUCCCAGAUGGUUCAAGGACAGCAUGGAGAGCAGGGUGUGCAGCGUGAUGUGAAAAAUAAAGAAAGGAGUGAAUAUGGGUUUGAUGCUAAAGAGGACUUCGCAGUAACAGAUUUUUCAGUAGUGGGAAAGCAUCAAGAAAAAGAAGACACAGAUGGUUUAAGAGAAGCAAAGAUAACAGAGGGUGCACAAGAGUGCUCAUUUGUUCUUGUUGCUGGCUUAAGUUCUUCAGUGUCAGAGGGUGAUCUAAGGUCGCAUUUCCAGAACUACCAUCUGUCUGUCAUUCUGCUCUGUGUGGAUUCUGAUAACCACAGAUGUGCACUUCUUGGCUUUAAAGACACCACUGCAGCAAAGUUAGCAGUGGAGGAAAUGAACAAGACAAAAAUUAAAGGAAAACCAGUAAGUGUGGAACUUGUCAGUAAUGCACCAGAGAACAGGUCUUCGGCUUCCCGAACGCUUGGAAAGAAGCUCUGGCGUGAAGCUCUCUCUGUUGAUAGCAGUGCAAGCAGUGAACAGAAGGAAACACUCCCACCAGCCUCUCAUUCUGUGGGAGCUCCUGGCACCUCCUCUGCUUCUGAGAAGGUGCCUCUCCUGCCCAGGGCUUCUUUAAGAACUCCUUGCUUUACACGAGUGCCUUCAGAAGCAAAGUGCCCAAAAUCCUCUGCUGAAGACUCCGUACGUUUUCUAUUUGCAAUUAAUCAAAAGGAUAGGGGAGAAAAUUCCCUGCCAAAAGCACCUGCUGCUCCUAUCCCCACCAGCUCACUAGAAGUCUUUAUGUCUCCUAACGCAUUGAACUUGAGCAGUUUUUCCAAAUUAAUGAAGAAACUUAAAGACGUUCAUCCAGAAGCGAGCAGAGACAAAAUUGUGGAUGCUCUGCUGGAGGUGAGGAAGAACAAUAAUGGUAUCCUCAGUGGCUUGUCCAUCAAUUCUAUUAUGGAAAGGGCCUCUGUAAUCCUAAGGAAACCGACGCUUGUAGGGGUGAAAAGCAGUGUAAAUAAAUGAUUUUAUGAAGAACUGAACACUUUACAUGGAAGAUUUUUGCAGUCCAGCUUGCUCCGGGAUUGUUCUGUAUUUCUUGUUUGAUUUCAGUAGAGCUUUGUGAAAACUCACUUAGCAUCGCUGUAUGGUUUGCAGUUUUGUUUGAUAGAACAGCUGAAGGUCUUUGGGUGCUGGUUUUCUGUAUAGGCACAUGCUAAGUAGUUCUCCCCAGUUUUGUCGUUCUCUGUAGUGGAGGCAUUCGGUGCCUUUCUCUGAGGUUGAAGGGUCCCAUUUCAGCACAGCGAGACUUCUCUCGUACCAGCAGGACUUUUCUAUGCUGAAGUACGCUUAGUGAAGUGCUGAAGUGCUGGCGAUGCGGUUACGUAAGCCCUGUGCUGCAGUGACUGUUCCGAGCAGAGCCGUAUCCCUGGAGAGCUGGGCCUCUAAGCCUUCCUUUUGGGUCCUAGAGCACUGUACGGGGAAAGCCUCUCCCACUCCGACUCUCCCUGAGGUCUGGUUCGUGUUAAUACGGGAGCAUCCAGCCUUUUGUUUGCGUCUGGAGCCGCAACCAGGGUUUUAAAUCUUCUGGCAGUGGAAGGAGAGGGAGCUUCAGUGGUGUCUGCCGCGGAGCUGAGGGAAACUAGCGCUGAUUGUCGCUGGCAGGCGUGUGCUGUGAUACCGCGCCCGCAUCGCUGUCCAUCUCUGUCCAUUGGUUGUACUUUGCCUUAGCUCCUGGCUGCCCUUGCUGCUGAGAGCAGCCUUGCCGUGAAUAAAGGUUGAGAUGCCUUCUUCACAGA